AUGAAGACAUCGCCACUCUUGUCUAACAAGGUGGAUGAAGAGCUCAACGCGGUGGCUGAAAAAUUUGAUGCUAAUCUGUUGACUUUGUCCAACAAAAUCGACCAAGUCAUUGAGACUCUGGAAGGCCUCCCUCAAGCUGGUGCCGCGGCAGCGGCACCUGUGGCUCCACCGGCUCCCGUCCAACCCUGGAACUUCACACCAGCGCUGAAAGACAGGGUGUAUGCUUUUGCAUACGGUUUGGUGGCGCAGCCAAACAUCUCAUUAUAUAACACCAUCAAGCAACGCAUCAGGAAGAUCCCCGGCGAUUGGGCUACUGAGCAACUCCCUCCGGUGGUCAAUGGAGUGCAGAGCGUUGCCGGCACUCAAAAGUACACCACUUUGGUCAAAACCGCGGGCAAACACGCUCGAGAACGUCUCCAUAUAUUAGUUUUACACACUAUCAAGAACAAUCCUGAGGCAACGGUCCCCUGCCUCAAACGCCUCCUACAUCGUGUAAGUAAAUGA